AUGACUUAUAACGAAGCGUUCUUCGCGCUGCUGCUGGCCAGCCGACUCGCCACAGGAGCUUAUAUACCGCUUCCCGCUCAAUCUGACGAACGCGACGCAGAUAACAGCCACGACGACGAGAUCGAAUCUGUUAUUACAGAAGUUCGAGUCGUAUCGGAAACCUCCACUCCGCACUUCACAUACGAUCCUUCCCCGCUAUACACAUACGAUCCGCUGCGUUCAUUUACGUACGAUUCGGAGCCAUCGUUCACGUACGAUCCAACACGAUCUUUCAGCUAUGAUCCACAUGAGAAACGAGCCGAGACUGGGGAGACUAAUAUACUGACGAAUUUGAUUGAACGAGACAACGGGACACUCUCUCACCCUCCACCCAACCCUACCGCCAUACUUUCUGCGUUCCGGACCAGGCCACUUACCAGUCUUGAUAUCACAUUUACUCUCGAUCCGAAUGCUCCAGCAUCACCAGAUACCUCCGCGAGUACUUCUGCAUUCCAAACGAAGCCUCAGUCGAGUAUCGAAAGCACCUCAAUCCUCGAUACGAACACGCCACCGCCACCGAAUCCAACAGCAAUUCCCUCUGCGUUCAGGACGAAGCCUCUUACAAGCCUUAGGAUCACGUCCAUCCUUGAUCCAAACCCGCCAGCACCACCAGCUACAACGGCAAGGUCCUCUUCAUUCAGCACGAAGCAACAGCCAAACGUCAAGACUACCUCCCUGGACACGAACACGCCACCGCCACCCAAUCCAACCGCAGUGCCCUCAGCAUUCCGAACAAAGCCUCUCACGAGCCUCAAGAUCACAUCUCUCCUGCACCCCAACGCCCCUGCUCCAACACCGUCAGCCACUAAAACCAAAUCCACUCACGACGACGACGACGACGACGCGGCCAUAGCCGCCGCCCUCCUCCGCAUGACGAGCAUCAACGCCCAAAACUCCCUCCCAAGCCUAAUCCCAAUCCAAGCCCUCCCCUCCAGCCUCUCCACAAUCGACCUCCUCCCACCCGCCCCAACCACCAACCCAAACGCCCUCAAACCUCUCCCCAUCGUCCCAACCCUCGUCAACGGCGGCACGGCCUACGUCCUCCAAUCUUUCACGGGCACGAACCUGAGCUCCGCGUACGUCACCAAGGCGCCGACGACAGCGUUCCAGUUCGUCAGUCCGAGUCGGCUGUAUACGUAUAGCGCGGCGAGCGAGUUGGUGCACAGGACGAGCGUUAGUGGGAGGUUGACGAGUUUUACGGAGAAGUUGUCCACGGGCAUGGCGACAGGGAGUGUGAGCAGGACUAUGUUGCCCGGGUAUAGUGAGAGUUUGUUGGGGUUUGUGGAGGUUGGGCCGGGGGCGAGUAAGACGUCUACUGGUAUGGCGAAGAGUGGGCAGUCUGGAGUGAGCGAGACGGCUUUUGUUGGCGAGGGAAGUGCGAGGCCGACAGAGAGAGCUUCUGGUGAAGAGACGCAAACAAUGGGGACGGAACAGGCUUCUGCCUCCACCCCUGCGUCCAGCAGAAAGUCGGCGAGCGACACCGCCAAGCCUUCAUCCACACCCACUUCAUCUUCAUCAAACAAGGCUGCAAGCAAAACAACCACCAUCUCAUCGACCUCUCGCCAAGUUUCAGAGUCCUCAAUCCCCUCAACGAAAACAAUAGCUACCUCGCCAAGCACAACAAGCGAAGAAAAAUCCCCAACUCCCGCCCAGCUCAUCGGCAAAGCGAAGGGAAAAGCAAAAUCAUGGACAGGCGAUUUGAGAUGUAUAUAUCCCACGCCGGGGUGUGAUAAGGAGUAA